AUGUUGCUCCCAACUGAAAUUGAUGAACUUCAAAAGUCUGAAUUUAUUGAUCUGGGUUCCAUCCUCUUCAUCCGGGGCUUGACGGAUUCCAUUAUGGGCCGGCAUUUGGCAGAUACCACCCUGGCCAGGAAGCUCUUCCAAAACUCCAUCUUCAUGAGUACUAGUCUGAGUAGCAAUGUCUCAAUGAUGAUGUUUAUCCUUAAGGUUCAGACUUCAGGUUCUGUGUGUCUUAAUUCGAAAACAGGGUAUCCAACUCAGAGGUGUUUCAUGUGCUGUACCGAUUCAUACAAUCCAGAUAUGAGGUUGAUUGCCAAUCCAGAUAAAAGAAGCAGGGAAAGUGAUGGGCCACCCUACGAUUCUUCUGCACAUACUGAGUGUAAACUAAAUCCAGACAAGCCACUUUACUACCAUGGAGGUAUCCUUAUGGAUCAGGAAGUCCAGUACGCUUGGGUACAAGGCCCAAAAGGGAAUCCAGUUUAUUCUCCAACACUUGCUGUACUAAACCUCCUGCCGGACACCUAUUACUGCUUUUCCAGUUACGAUCCUGUUAAAUUCCUCCUCACUCUAAGAGUUUCUAUAUGCUUAUUUUUGUUUUCAUUUAUGCUCAUUUGUAACUUUUGGGCCUUAACAGCUUGGAUCAAGACAAAUUAUACAGGCAUUUCACUCAUUAAAGCCGGCCUAAUUACAGAAACAGAUGCAAUAAAUUGUACCGGGACUGUUCUGGCCCAAAGUGGGUGCUGGUCAUUUCUAAAGGGCGGAUUUCUGUUAAAUUCUCCAUCAAACUCAUCUCUGCUCUAUUUCCAGAAUUCAGAAGGCAAAAAUAUAAAUGUGGAGAUAGCCAGCCCUGCGUUGCAGCCCUUCAGCAAGGAGCAAUGGAGAUUGAACCAGAAGUAUAAGAUUAAUAAGGAAAGGAAGCGAGAAGUUAUCAUUCAUAUUUCAAACACAAAUGGCGUUAAGCUGGAAGGAGCAGAUGUGACCGUAACACAAGAAUCAAGUGAUUUCCCAUUUGGAUCAGCCAUCUCAGCCAACAUCAUUGGGAAUUUGCCGUAUCAGAAAUGGUUCACUGAGCGAUUCAACGCAGCGGUUUUUGAGAACGAGCUCAAAUGGUAUGCAACAGAACCAACAGAAGGCCAAAUCAACUACACAAUCGCCGAUCGAAUGCUGGAAUAUAUUCGAUCCCACCAAAUCCUGGCUCGCGGACAUAACAUAUUCUGGGAAGAUCCCCGGUACACUCCACCAUGGGUGGUUAAUCUAACCUCCUCCCAGCUCCGUUCUGCUGUAAAUUCCAGAAUCAAAAGCCUCAUGGAGAGAUACAAAGAACAAUUCGUUCACUGGGACGUCAGCAAUGAGUUGCUGCAUUUUGAUUUUUAUGAACAAAAACUGGGCCCUAAUGCUUCCCUGGAAUUUUUCAAGACAGCCCACGAAUCCGACCCGUUGGCCACGUUGUUUUUGAAUGAUUACAAUGUUGUUGAGACUUGCGACGAUAAUUCAACAGUGGAUGCAUUUGUAAUGAAGGUGAAGGAGCUAAGGAGAGGAGGAGUCACCAUGGAUGGAAUUGGAUUGGAGGGUCAUUUUCAUGUGCCUAAUUUGCCUAUGAUGAGAGCUGUUCUUGAUAAAUUGGCUACACUUGGACUUCCAAUUUGGCUUACAGAAGUUGAUAUCAGUAGAUCUCUUGGCCAGCAAAAACAGGCUUUGUAUCUAGAAGAAGUAUUGAGGGAAGGAUUUUCACAUCCAGCAGUGAGAGGGAUAAUGCUUUGGUCAGCCCUUGAUCCAAAUGGGUGUUACCAAAUGUGCCUUACCGAUGACAAAUUCAACAACUUGCCGGCUGGCGAUGUGGUGGACAAGCUACUCAAAGAGUGGCAAACGGGGACGAUCAAUGGCCAAACAGAUGAACAAGGAUCAUUCAUUUUCCAAGGUUUCUUAGGUGAAUACAAGGUUAGUGCUAGGUAUGGUGACAAGGUUGUGAACUCAACUUUCUCCCUGAACAAAGGUGAUGAGACUAGACAUUUUAGCAUUCAACUCUGA